GUAGUUUCUGGAGGUGGGUUUUGGAGUUUCACUACUUCUCUACACAUUGUUUUUUGAUACUUUUGAUUAUUAUAAUAAUAAACACGAGAUUUGAACAUAAAAAAUUUUAUUAUUGAAGCCUAAAUAUUGUUUUGGAGUAUUCCUGCAAUAUUAAAAUGGCAAAUAUUUCAUUAAGUGAAGCAGAGAAAACUUUUAUACUACACGGCGUGGAGGAAGAUUUCCGUUGCGAUGGGCGUUCACGGCGAGAUUAUCGGCCCAUGGAGCUAGAAACCGAUUUGGUUAGUAAUGCUAGUGGUUCGGCUAGAUUACGCUUAGCAAACACAGAUGUGUUGGUUGGAAUUAAAACCGAAAUUGAUAAACCAAAUUAUUUAACACCAGACCAAGGGAAAAUAGAAUUUUUCGUUGAUUGUUCGGCAAACGCGGCACCGGAAUUCGAAGGACGUGGUGGUGAGGAAUUGGCUUUAGAAUUGGCCGAUACUUUAACAAAUGCAUAUGAGUCCCCAAAAGCCUUCGAUUUGAAAACACUUUGUAUACUACCAGGUCAGCAAUGCUGGAAACUUUUUGUCGAUAUUUUGAUUUUAGAGUGUGGAGGAAAUUUGUUCGAUGCAGUUUCUUUAGCAGCGAAAGCAGCUUUAUUUAAUACAAAGAUACCACGUGUGACUGCGGCGCUUAUGGAUGCUGGAGAAGCUGAAUUGUUAAUAUCGGAUGAUCCCUACGAUUGUACACGUAUUCAAAUUGAAAAUUUGCCUAUUUUGGUAACAGUGUGUAAAAUUGGUGAUUCGUGUGUGAUAGAUCCCUCAGCAGAGGAGGAAGAGUGCAGCAUUGCAAGCGUUGUAGUUGGCGUUUCGAAAAGAAAUGGGAAAAAUUAUACAUCCAACGUGCACACCAUUGGAGAAGGUUCUCUACACAAGGAUACCAUGCACAAUUGCAUAUUACUGGGCAUAUCAGCCGCUGAGAACUUAAAUAAUGAGUUGGUGAAAGCAUUAAAACUCGAAGAAGAGCGCGUAGGCACUAAACACCGAAAUCCCAUUGGUUUUCUUAAAUAAAAUGGCAUUAAUAAAAACCCAAGAAUUAUGAUAAUUUAUUUGAUGAUCUUAGUAAUACCAUAAACAAUACGUAAUCGUAUUAUAAUAGGAAUUUAGUUUUAAUAUAAUGAAGCGUAUUUAGUAGUAGCGUAUUAGUUCCGCUUCUUAUUUUGUUUGGAUGAAAUUGGUUUCUUUUCCUUCUCGGGUGGUUUGGCGCCGGAGAAGAAUGAUGUAAUCAUUUCGCUGAUCUCUGGCAUCUCGUUACUCACCUAUACAAACGAUAUGCAUGUAAUAUUAACAUUGUAAAUAUUCUAAUUUUUUGUACUUACUUUUGGAAAUUGAAUAUUUUCUAUUUCCUUUUUCGUCUCUGGAUCAUUGAUCAUUUUUGGUAAAACAAGCAUAAUUAAAAGUGGUAGUACCAUCAUCAAGACCAUUGGAUUGAACAAAAAGUCUGUAAUCUGUUGGCGAGAGAGUACAUUGUCAAUGGUAUUGAUCUUAUAUGGCAUCAAUAGUUGUUACACUUUACCUUCCAUUGCUCACGUGUCUGGAAGUACUUGAAACGAGUAAAAGCCUUCAGUUUUAAAGGAUAUGGCACUUGUAUGAUUUGUGACGGCUGUACAUAGUUUACUUUGCGUGCACGAAAUUUACCCUUAGGAUUGAUCUCUACACGUACUGGCUCAUAAUAAUAGUCCGGAUUGUGUACUUCUAACACAUAACUGCCGGAGGGUACAUUGCUUAUGAUAAAUGUACCAUCA